AUCCUUAAGUGCUUGAUGUUCUUGUUUUUCUGUCAGCAAUUUCGAAUUGUUGUAUUUUAUCAGUAUCCGAAUCUUACUGUGAUACUGCUGCAUAUCAUAAUAUCUGAAACUAUUCUCUUUGGCAGGUAUGAUCCUCGAAAGCGUAUAACUGCAGCACAAGCACUUGAGCAUGAGUACUUCCGCAUGGAUCCUCUGCCAGGACGGAAUGCUUUAGUGCCAUCUCAGCCAGGAGAAAAAACUGUUAACUACCCUGCUCGUCCUGUCGAUCAGACUGCAGAUUUUGAGGGAACAGUUCCUGUCCAACCUUCUCAGCCGGUACCAAAAGUGUCUUCUGCAAAUGCUGCUUCCGGAAAUGUUGCAGCAUCUGUUGGUCCUUCGAGAUCCAUGCCUCGGCCUAUACAUAUGGUUGGGAUGCAAAGGAUGCCAAACGCAAACAUGACAUCUUUCAACGUUGCAUCCCAAGCUGGCAUUGCUCCUCCAAAUUCUGGUGGUCUUCCUUUGCAAAGAGGUGGAGCUGGUGCUCAUGGCCAUCAGCAACAGUUGAGACGAAAAGAUCCAGGAAUGGGAAUGCAGAAUCCUAAUUAUCCUCAACAGAAGAGGCGUUUUUGAGAUAAAUGCAGAUUUUUUAAUCUGAAGAUUUCUCAAUACAAGAAUUGACUGCAGCAUCAUUACAGAAGAUAACGGAAGAAAGAAGCUGUUUCUAUGAUUUCUGAACCAAUAUCAUCAUCCAACAAUGAAAAAGGAAUGCAAAAAAAAGAAACCAUUAUGUAAACUGGCUUUCUCAUGGGAGGCAACAGCACUCUGUGACAGAAUAGUAGAAUCGUUUAAUCAACUUUAAUUUGUUCUGGGAUAAUUUCCAUUUCCUACUGGAAUAAACAUUUUCUCAUGUCCGCCGGCGUAGCCAGAUUCAUAUGGAAUGGCCUUUUCCUGUAA